GCUACCUAUAUAAUCACCAACAGGACCCAUGUCAGAAAAGCGACACGAAAACAUACACUUAAGACGGGGACAUUAAAUGUCGGCAUGACUAAAAAUUGACGAGCGGGCUGUUUACUCCCCUUUAAUGCGAUUGUUCCCAGUUCUCUUUCCCAUUCGCGAUUAUCACUCGCUUCCUGGCGGAACUCUCCGAUGUCUCACCGCUGCAAUCCCGGAGUUGCUCGUUUUUCCCAUUUCCUAUGUAGCGCUUGGAACAAAAACUAUGAAGAGCCGAAACGCUGAUUUCCCCCCCUUUGUUCGCGUUUUAAUCUGAAAAAAAAAACAACGUGCGGAGCAGAAGGCAGCGAACUCUCACCGCGAAGCGACACAAUAUUCCCUGGAUACAAGAUUUAAAAAAAUAUAUUUGCAUAAGAUAUACAUCAGAUCACGGAAUACAAAUCGUGUGAUUGCAUUAACAAAUGCUCCAGGAAUACUGGUAACAGUGAAGUUCGAUGUGAUAAAAGGACUGUUUGCAAUAAAUAUUCCCAGCCAAAUUUGCCUUCCUGAAUAUUAACCGAGAAUGUAAUUAAUAUGUUACAUAUUAAUAUGUAGUCUUUUUCUUCAAAUUGCUGAACUUUUAUGAAAAUGAGAUGCAUCUACUUAGCAAGCUAAUUCCUUCCGUACUCCACAAUGAAAUCAACAGGACUCUCAAAGCACUGCAUGUAAGCCUCCAGGACUGACCAGGACGCAGUUCCCAAUGAGGACCAAGCCUGAAAAGAGUUAGAGAAAAGGGAGCAUCAAAAGAGGUGAACUUUUUCAUUGAAAAGUAUUUUAUUAAUCCACACAUUUGCUCUUUGGUGUGUAUUAUUUACAUAGCGCAAUUAAAGAUACACAGCACAUUUACUGUCGUUUUGCUGAUGCGCUUGCUGUUUCCUAUUCGACUUUUUCAAACCACAUUUGACUUAUUUACGUACUGAAAUUAAAUUUAUAGCAUACUUUAGAUCUGACGAAUGAUUUACCCAUAUAUACGAAGCUGAAGCAGUAUGUUUUAAUGUGUGGAGUAAUCAGUAAGCUUGAAGUGAAGAAGUUGGACUUUUGAUGAAUCAACACAGGGAGCAGCUGUCACGUCGAGUCAAGUUUGAUUUUAAUCUACGAAGAAGGAAGAUUGAAGUAUCUUGGAGAAUGUUCUAAAUGAUGAGAAGACAAGGGCGUGCACGUUAGUUAGUUGACUGACGAAUGUUUUUUUCUCUUCUAAGUACAUUUUCCAUGGGCAGUUAAGGAUAUUGUUGUUUCCCGAAGUCGCAGCCCGCAGAUCAAAGCCAGCUGUCAGGGCUUGCGGGGAAAGUGUCGGUCUAGCGGUUCUUCCGAUCUCCGAUCUGACUUGCUGCGUCUGUGCGCCUUUGCCUGGCCGGAUUUCAGAGUGAUUCACCAUUAAAAUCCUACUGUGAUGUUCCUCCAAGAAACAGAGGUGUGAAUAUUGAAGCCUAUUUGAUUUACUGCGCUUCUGGGGUGCUAUGCACUUAAGGUUAGGUUAAGUUACCUUCAAAAUUAAGGCAAUAAAUGCGCAAGGAUUUAUUCCCUUAUCGUGCAUUUGUGGGAACCAUAUUGAAUGUUUUUGUGAAGGAACCCAUGGCAAAGUGGCUGAAGGAUUACCUGAGUUUCAGCAGUCGGCGAGCCCCACCACAGCCACCUAAACCAGACUACACGGAAAGCGAGAUCCUCAGAGCCUACCGGGCACAGAAGAACCUGGACUUUGAAGAUCCGUACGAGGACGCGGAGAACCGCGCCAGGAACGAGCCUGUCAUGUCAGAUCUGACCCAUCAUAGCUUAGGCUCCCCGCUCAAGUCUGUCGGUACGGAUGUAAAAAUGGUGUCGCCUAAACACCGACUCAUCAAGGUGGAUUCACAGGAGCUGGGUCGUUGCAAAAUACUGCUGAGUGCCAUCUCGUUUGAAGAUCCGCCGGAGCCGGUGGUCCCGUCGGCACCCCUGGCCAGAGACACGGACUACUCGGACCCGUUUGACGCCCGUCUGGAUCUGCGGCCCAUGAGGCCCGGGAUGGAGCUGGUCCCGACCGAAAACAACGGUUACAUGGAGCCGUACGAGGCCCAGCGGGUCAUUGCCGAGCUUCAGCGGGGCAUGGAACGGCAGAAGGGUGUGCCACAGCUUUACGACACACCGUACGAAGAGCGGGUGCGUGGGCGGAGCCUGGGCCGCCUCGGGGUCCUCGACGGAGGCAGGGAGAGCCGCCUGCCUCGAGACGAUGAGCGGCCAGCAGAUGAGUACGACCAGCCCUGGGAGUGGAAGAAGGACAACAUCUCCAAGGCCUUCGCAGUGCAGUUUGACGGGGGUGACUGGGAGCGGCCCUCGCUGCAGGCAGAACGCCCCCGCCCUCCCAGACACGGCACAGCACUUGGGGGGGACUCCAAGUACCGCAAGAACCCCCCGGUGCCGCUGGGCGAGCGAGUGGACCCCACCUUGCCAUUGGAGAAGCAAGUAUGGUACCAUGGAGCCCUGAGCCGCUCUGAGGCAGAAGCUCUCCUCACUCUGUGCAAGGAGUGUAGCUACCUGGUGAGGAACAGUCAGACGAGCCGCUCCGAUUAUUCGCUUUCCCUCAGGAGCUGCCAAGGAUUUAUGCACAUGAAAUUCACUUUGUCCAAGGAGGGCAAGUACAUCCUGGGUCAGAACAGCCCACCCUUCAACACCAUCCCGGAGGUGAUCCACUACUACACCACCCAUAAGCUGCCCAUCCGGGGCGCUGAGCACCUCUCCCUCCUCUUCCCUGUCAUGGUGCAGACCCUCUGACCGCUUCAAGGUGCUGGGUGUCAGCUGGGUCUGCUCAUGGGAAUUUUACUUGCAUAAAAAUGUUUUGAGGGCAGAAUGAAAAAUGAUUGGUUCAGAGAGAUAACCAAUCAGAUUGUAGAGGAGGUGGGUCCAAGCAAGUAGAUGAGGCAGGACCAACCAAUCAGAUGUCUUGGUCCUUCCUCUUCUAGUUCUAGCUGCUUAUACCCACCUCCUCUACAAACUGAUUCAGAACAUCCUUGUGUAAGUAAAACUCCCACGAGUGAUGCGAUUGGCAUUCAGGGUGGGCUGUAUCCAUUACGGAUUUUUAUGAUUUUUUUUCAUGGAUAAGGCAGGGGGAGUAACCCCCCCCCUUGUUCUGAGUGCCAAAGUCCGGUGGAUCUUUGAUUUCAUAUCAUAGCGGGCUGUGAACAUAUAGCAUAUAAACAGACACUGGACCUUGACCAGAGACGAGAACCAAACCGCCUAUGAUUUUGCGGUCGCAGGUAGCUGAUUCCAGGUCAACUCCCGGGGACGGUCGCAAGAAGUUUAUUGGGUCACGCAGACUUUGUUUGGACUGGGUGACUCUCUUUGUUUUUCUUUUUCACCUCCUGACGUCAGAUUGUCUGUUCGGUUUGACUUGCUGCUGCUGUCCAGCAAGCCAUUUUCAUUUUGCCCACUGAGAUUAAUCAGCAUAGUCACUGUGCUCCGGUCUUGUUGAUCUUGCUGAUCAUACACACUGCAUACGCCUCCUGUACGGCACGAUGCCACGGAUCCCACUACACAGAACGUCAAACGACGCCCUUCCUGGGUUUUGUCAAGCUCUUUGUCAACUUCCUGUCCAUCAUUCGGUCAGGAAUGUGUCCUGGCAGAUGAAAAUCGCUCUCUUUUAAUUUGCAAAUAUUUCUCCCCAAUUCAGUGUUUCACAGUUUAAUAUUAAAUGUCAUUCAUCAUUGUCAUUUAUAAUAACAAUGAUACUGAUAAUAGUGAAUAGAUUUAAGUUAUUUGUUGGUACUUAAUCUGGACUAAGUGAUUAAUAUAACCUUUCUUACCAGUAUUAUGUCCCUUUUCUGACAGCAGCAAACGACUGUAUUAAAGUAAUUCUGUUACUGUAA